GCGACGCGGGAGCGGGACAUGCUGGAGCUGCGGCACCGCGGGGGCUGCCCCGGCCCCGGGGGAGCGGGGACGCCGCCACCCCGCGAGGGAGAGGCGGCCGGCGGCGACCACGAAACUGAGAGCACCAGCGACAAAGAGACAGAUAUUGAUGACAGGUAUGGAGAUCUCGACGCCAGGGGAGAUUCUGAUGUUCCCGAGAUCCCACCGGCCUCAGACAGGACCCCUGAGAUCCUCAAGAAAGCCCUGUCCGGACUCUCUUCAAGGUGGAAGAACUGGUGGGUCCGGGGCAUCCUCACCCUCACCAUGAUCUCCCUCUUUUUCCUGAUCAUCUAUAUGGGGUCCUUCAUGCUGAUGCUUCUGGUUCUGGGCAUCCAAGUGAAAUGCUUCCACGAGAUCAUCACCAUUGGGUACAGAGUCUACCAUUCCUAUGACCUUCCGUGGUUUAGAACGCUGAGUUGGUACUUCCUCCUGUGUGUGAACUACUUCUUCUAUGGAGAGACGGUGGCGGAUUACUUUGCUACGUUUGUUCAGCGGGAGGAGCAGCUGCAGUUCCUCAUUCGCUACCACAGGUUCAUAUCCUUCGCCCUCUACCUGGCAGGUUUCUGCAUGUUUGUGCUGAGCUUGGUGAAGAAACACUACCGCCUGCAGUUUUACAUGUUCGCAUGGACCCAUGUCACUUUACUGAUAACCGUUACUCAGUCACAUCUUGUCAUCCAAAAUCUGUUUGAAGGCAUGAUAUGGUUCCUUGUUCCAAUAUCAAGUGUCAUCUGCAAUGACAUCACUGCUUACCUCUUCGGAUUUUUUUUUGGAAGAACUCCUUUAAUUAAGCUAUCUCCCAAGAAGACCUGGGAAGGAUUCAUUGGCGGUUUCUUCUCCACAGUCAUAUUUGGAUUCAUUGCUGCCUACGUGUUGUCCAAAUACCAGUACUUUGUGUGCCCAGUGGAAUACCGAAGCGACGUCAACUCUUUCGUGACAGAAUGUGAGCCCUCAGAACUCUUCCAGCUUCAGAGUUACUCCCUCCCUCCGUUCCUAAAGGCGGUGUUGAGACGGGACACCGUGAGCUUGUAUCCCUUCCAGAUACAUAGCAUUGCUCUCUCAACGUUUGCCUCACUGAUUGGCCCAUUUGGAGGCUUCUUCGCCAGUGGAUUCAAAAGAGCUUUCAAAAUCAAGGAUUUUGCAAACACCAUUCCUGGACAUGGCGGGAUAAUGGACAGGUUCGAUUGUCAGUAUCUGAUGGCCACGUUCGUGCAUGUGUACAUCACAAGCUUCAUAAGGGGUCCCAAUCCCAGCAAGGUCCUCCAGCAGCUGCUGGUGCUUCAACCAGAACAGCAGUUAAACAUCUACAGAACCCUGAAGACUCAUCUCACUGAGAAAGGAAUCCUGCAGCCCACCUUGAAGGUGUAGCUGCCCGGAGAGGAUGGACUGCCAGGGAGGAGCUGGUCCAGCAGCUCUGAAGUCUUGCACUGAGCCGGCGUGGGGCUAAAAACACGACGGAUGCAGGUUUUACAGAUGCGAAGGUUUCUUUCUCUGAAAUUACUGUGAAUAUUUAACCAACACGUGAUCUAAGUGAUGAGCGCAUAGCAGGCAUCCGCCCCUGAAAGCUACUAGACUUUUCCAAUGCUAACUUCUCUGCCCUCACUUGCUGGGUUCCAUAAUUUAGGACACUUGUGUUUUAAAGAGUCAGAGACUAUAAAUUGAGGCCCUCUUAGGGUUGUGCCCGGCAGUGUGGUCUUUCGCACAGACAUUGACCUUUGCACUGGGGACAGCCUCUCUGUGGCCGGAUGCUUGCUGCAGACACAAGGGGAGCCAGGUCUCCGGGGCUUCCUCCCCUUAGAGACUCAAGUAUUUCUGAAGGCCUGAGUUAGAUUAAAAAAGAAUGAUUGUCCACUUUUUUCUGUUUUCUUUUUUCCUUUUUGUUUGUUUGUUCAUGGUACUGGGGAUGGAACCCAGCGUCUCAUACACACCAGGCAGGUGCUCCAUCCCUGGGCUCCGUUCCGACUGGACCGCCUGUCCGAGAAGUAACAGUCUGCUGAGUGAAAACAUCUUGAUUUUAAGUAGUUUCACGAUUCCGAGGCUAGAGGUUGAAGCCUAUGCCGAUACUGAUUCGUUUAAAAGCGGGUGUCUGAAUCCACUUCUGAUGAAACUUUUUGAAAAACGUAACCCAGCUUCCCAUGGCUUGGUGGUAGCUUCUGCUUUUCUUAGUUCCCUGGAAACUGAUUUCACUGAGUCCCACGAAGGGGGGGGGGGCAUGGCUGAGGUGGAGUGCUGGCAGGCUGCCUGGGGUGAGGCACCUCCUGGCAGUCCAGGACCUGCCUCCAGCUCUCUGUACACCUCACCUGGAAAGAAGACCCAGGCCCUGCCGACUCCCUGGUGGCGAUUUUUCUUUCCAUCAUGUCAUCAAAUCCAAGAGUAAAAAUCAGGCAGAAAUAAUAGCCAUUGAGAAGAAAAGCCUUCCUGAGGUGGGCCGGACAUUGUGGCCGCCUGGAGGAAGCCUCCUCUCAGCCCCUGGACAUGGGCUCCUGUCGCUGCCUGUACUCACAGCCAUACUCCGCACAUCCGAGGUGGUUGGUCACACUCGGCAACCAUGUAGAUCUGUCAUCAGUGUUCAGAGGGGAAAUAGAGGCACUGUAAAGGCUAUUUUGGUAAUGAAAAGAGUAAAUAUUUUGUUUAAAUUAGAAAUGGAUUUCGGUUAUCAGCAUUUCCUUCCUACUGUAGACAUGCCUGGGUUCGGAGGAUAAGCCUCCAGCCGUCCUGAGAACUACACUCACACCCGGUGUGUGGUGAGCACAGCAGAGGGUGACCUCAAUCCGAGAGUGCGGUCACUGUCGGGUCUGGUCAUGUGACCUGGGGCUGCCCUGCCUCAUGACAGCCCUACCACAGAGGGCGCCACUGUUGAGUCGGGCCACAUGUGAGUUGUGUCCGGCAUCCCCUGCUUCUGUUAGUCCCACUCCCUUCUCCAGAGGUUGACCACAAAGAGUCGUCGCAGGCACCCAAGAACCGGCGGAAACCGUGUGAUAGGAACACGCACUGAAAACAUGGCCGUGCGCACAAGCAAGAGCUGCUUGAGGGUGAUGUGGGUCUCCUAACCCACCAUGUUUCUACGGGAUUGGUGAGGUGUGGCGGGACAGAAUUAUGAGAGCAUUACAUAUUCACACCUAUUAAAAACCAAUAUUCUCCUAAACAAAGACUAUCGGGGUUUCUGUAAAAGCUUUUCUCAAGUAGACUUUUAGGUUUGGGUGUACAUCAUGCCAUAUAAAAAACAAGUUCUUGAUUUUAACAGAGCUCUGAAGAUGAACGUUUCUAGCAUACUUUUGUAGCAUGUAUAUAAAAAUGGACUCUAUCUUAGCCGACAAUCACCAGAAGAGCCAGACUCUGAUCGGCAUUCUAUCUGCACCAGAAGAGGCUUCAGCUAAUGUAGUGAUGAGGUGGACAAAUGAGAACUGGGAACGCACAGUGAUGCCUGCACUGGAAAUCUGCUGUUUGGUACCCACUGUCUGGCUUCUUCACCUGCGGGCUGUUGAUGUCUCCUGUUCUCCUCGUGGUGGCCCCCAUCCGGUCACUGUCUGAGAUGAAAGACCAUCUCCUUUUGGUUAUCCUUCUCUCCUCAUUUGCACUUUGCUUUGAACAAAGGUAACGACACCUAGUUCAUCGGUAGCAACACUGUAUAUACACUGUACAUGGGUGAAAGUUUAUGAUGUGUGUCAAUCAGUUCUCUGGAUCUUUUUACUGAAACUGGGAUAGAAAAAUAAUAAAAAAAAUCGAUGGUA